ACACCCACACGCAUACGCUCUCCCACCCACACAUAGAGACAGCUGCAAUUUGUUGUCUUUAGCAUUUUGGUUUUUUUUUGCGGGCGCGCGUGUCAGAAAGUAAAGCCGCCAAAAUUCUUGAUAAAGUGGCCUCAAUAGGCGCCAACACGCUCAAUUUUACGGACUUAGGGAGCCCCUACGAGGGGCCUCCCAGCACCCCACAAUCGGGCAUGGAUGCACCAGAUGCACCGCACACGCCCAAGUACAUGGACGGCGGUAGCACAGCAGCCGUUAGCGCCAGCAUCACACCUGGCGUUAAUAUACCUGGCAAAUCAGCAUUUGUGGAGCUGCAACAGCAUGCCGCCGCCGGUUACGGAGGCAUACGCAGCACGUAUCAGCAUUUCGGUCCACAGGGCGGCCAGGAUUCGGGCUUUCCGAGUCCACGCAGCGCUUUAGGCUAUCCAUUCCCGCCCAUGCAUCAGAAUUCCUACUCUGGCUAUCAUUUAGGCAGCUAUGCACCGCCCUGCGCCAGUCCUCCCAAGGAUGACUUUUCAAUCUCAGACAAAUGCGAGGACUCCGGCCUACGCGUCAAUGGCAAGGGCAAGAAAAUGCGCAAGCCACGCACCAUUUACAGUUCACUGCAGCUCCAGCAACUGAAUCGACGUUUCCAACGCACCCAAUAUCUGGCUCUGCCCGAACGUGCCGAGCUGGCCGCGAGUUUGGGCCUCACGCAAACGCAGGUGAAAAUCUGGUUCCAAAAUCGUCGCUCGAAGUACAAAAAAAUGAUGAAGGCCGCUCAGGGUCCGGGCACCAACAGCGGCAUGCCACUUGGCGGCGGUGGACCCAAUCCUGGUCAGCAUAGUCCUAAUCAAAUGCACAGCGGCGGUAAUAACGGCGGUGGCUCGAAUAGCGGCUCACCCUCACAUUAUCUACCUCCCGGACAUAGUCCAACGCCAUCAAGUACGCCUGUGUCUGAGCUAUCACCCGAAUUCCCACCCACGGGUCUUAGUCCGCCAACGCAAGCGCCAUGGGAUCAGAAACCGCAUUGGAUCGAUCAUAAGCCACCGCCGCAAAUGACGCCACAACCACCUCAUCCAGCGGCGCCGCAUCCGCAAUCGCACCACCACAAUCCGCCACCACAAAUGGGCGGCUACGUACCCCAGUAUUGGUAUCAGCCCGAGACGAAUCCCUCAUUACUAACCGUGUGGCCGGCGGUUUAACAUCACCCAAAUCAACUGCAUCCGCCGACGCCUUCGGCUGCGUGGCCGCAGUCUACGCAAACGCAAUGCUAUGAGACGAGGCCCUGCGCCGAACUGAAUCUCCAUCACAAUCAUCAUCAUCAUCAGCAACAGCUGCAACAUCAGCAUCAUCAUCAUCUACAUCAUCAUCAGCAUCAACAUCAUCAUGAUGAGGUAUUCGUGGGCGUUGGCGACGGCGUCGCAACGGUGCAGUGAGGUUGA